AUGUGCGUGGCACUCGUCGAACCAAUCUGUUUCGCAGAAAAGGACAUACCACAAAUAAGAUUACAACAGUAUCAGAGCAUCAUGUCCAAUACACCAAUACAAUGCAAUUCACUACACCGCCACCCAGGACAACACCGUUCAAUACGAUUCAAUCCGCCACACCGCCACCCAGGACAAUACAAUUCAAUGAAAUCCAAUCCACAACAGCCGCCACUACAGACGAGGCCACCACUCAAAUCCCGCCCACAAUCACAGCCAUGGCACCAACACCGACGAUACCACACCCAACCCAUUCCACAAAAUAUCACAAAACAAGGAACGAACACUACGUAA